UUGCAGCUUGAAAAGCAGCGAGGGCGAUAUGCUGCUCUUGCCAUCGCUGCAGUGGUCAUUGUUGUGGGCAUCCCACUAUGGUGGAAGACCACACAGACCUACCGCGCCUGGCUGCCUUACUCUGAGAUCAGCGAACUCGACACCCUCCAGCUCCAGCUAAGUGUUGAUAUCGAGGUGGUCUUCUCUCGGGGAACACUGACCCCAGAACAGCAGAAAAAGGUUCCACUCAGUCAUGUCAAUGAAAAGGAGCACCAAAUUGAUGCUAAAACAGGUUUGCGGUACAAAUAUGAAACCAGAUAUCGCACUGCCACUAUAAUGGAGGAAGACGCCUUGAAUCAGCCCACUGCUGCAGAGGCAGAUCUAUCCCUACACAUGCUCACUGAAAGUUCUUGUGGGUCUGUGGUUGUGUAUGUGAUUCCUGAGUCCUCCACUCUAUUACCAAAGGAUGUGAAAGUGUACGUGGGGCAACGGCGCACUGCGUUGCUACGUACUGCUCCUUUUAAAAGUUCGUGGAGUCUGAAGGAAGUCCUGUCAAAUCUGGACCUGCAAGUGGAGCAGAUAGUGAGCACCAUGUCCUUCAGUCACCAGGAUAUUGUAGCUGCUCUGAGCGACCGUGUCCGCAUGACUAAAGUGACUAAGGAGAGUAUGGCAGACAGCAUGAGGGCCAUCAAAUCCAGUCCAGGUUACGAGAUUACAUUCAGUCUGCUCAACCCAGACCCAAAGUCGCACAGUCUUCACUGGGAUAUCGAGGGUGCCCUUCAUAGCUACAUUCAGCCUUUAUUGGACAAACUUGCCCCUAUAGCCAACUUUUCAGUGGACUCUCAGAUUCUAUAUUAUGCGGUUCUGGGUGUGAACCCUCGUUUUGACAACAGUGUGUCAGCCUAUACACUCAGUGCAGACAGUCUGUCACAUGUUAUCAACCCCGUUGAGGCCAGACUAGGUUCCAAUGCUGCUUCCUCUAACCCUGUCUUGAACUUCCUGCUGUAUGUGCCAGAUGCCCACCACUCUCCUCUCUUCAUCAGAGACCAUAGCAAACGGAAGGUCCCUUCGAAUGCCUUCCACAGCCCUCGUUGGGGUGGCAUCAUGGUAUACAAUGUAAAUGAAAUGUACGGACCUGAAGCUGAACGUCCUGUUGAUAUUACCAUUAAUAUGUCUAAAGUGAUGGGUGUGUUCUUAGCACAGUUACGGCUCAUGCUGGGAGUGCAGCAUUCUCGUCCUCCCACAGGCUUCAUGCUUCAGAGUCCAGGCAGUGCUGGACUGGCUGAUUGGGAGCUGGACCGACUCCUGUGGAGCCGCAGUGUGGAGAACAUCGCCACCGCCAGCACCACCAUCACUUCGCUGGCUCAGCUCCUCGACCAGAUUGGAAACAUCGUCAUCAAUGACAACAUUGCACAGCAGGUUUCCAGUGCCGUGUCGUCGCUCCAGUCUGCUGUCGCCGAGUUAGAGGCUGGGAACUUGGCUUUUGCGCUCCAGUACAGCAGGGAGGCAAUUUUGGCUUCAGAGAGGGCCUUUUUCGACCCCUCUCUUUUGCAUCUUCUCUAUUUUCCAGACGAUCAGAAAUUUGCCAUUUACAUUCCUCUUUUUCUACCCAUGUGUGUACCUAUUGUACUCUCACUACUGAAAAUUGUGAGUGAAACUAAGCAAAGGCGAGCAGAUAAACAAGCCAAAAGUGACUGAGAAACCAUGGCUUUUUUGAUAUAUACACAUACUAAUGGCUGCACUUGUGUAGCAUGUUUAAAAACACACUGAGUCAUUAAAAGAUAAUGUGUGUGUGUGUGUGGUGUAUAUGAAGACUUCAAAUGCAAAAGCCUCUAAGUGCCAUCUGAAAUUUUCAUUUUUAUCAAGCUCCUAUGUUUAGUUUCAGUAAUUUCACUUUAAUGGCAAUCAGUAAGUCCUUUUCAUUGCCAUUAAAGUGAAAUAACUGAAUAUAAACAUAAGAGCUUGAUAAAAAUUAUCAUUUUAGAAGAAAAUUUCAGAUGGCACUUAGAGGUUUUUGCAAUGGAACUUUUCAUAUUUAAUUCUUAUUUAUUAGACCAACUGUCUAGCAGUCAUCGACUGAAAAAAAAAAAAUGAAAUCUGGAUUAUAUGUUAAUUUCUGCUUAAAUUUACAAAGGUUGCAAAGGUGUACUGAACAAUGAAUGGAUGACAUGAUUGAUUCUGUCUGAGAGGAAUUUGUUUUUAUAUUUCUGUGCACAUUAUGUGUUUGCAAUCCAUGUCUUGUUUUAACACUGUAACACUGGGUCAUGAUCUCAGUUUGUGAGGGUUUAUUUGGCAUAUUCUGGUUUUGUUUUUCAAGUGGUUCAUCUUCUUUGGGGUAACGGUCAUAACAAAAGUAAAUUAUAUUUGUUUAUAUGCUUUUAUUUAAUAACAUAUAAGAAUUGUUCAGAGUAAGAAUGAUUGAGUUGAUGGGCGUGUUAGUGAGAAGAGCAGAAUAAAGUUCAAACUGAUUCUCUUUAAAACAAA